AUGGAGUAUUUUUUACGACUCGAAGAAAUUUUUCUCGGGUAAGGCUUGCAUUUAGUCGAUUUACAACAUGGUGCUGGAUAUUUGGAGGCACAGAAGUCGGGCAUGACCUGAAAACAGCUUUUCUCAAUUUUUAUGCGUUCCGUUAAAAGUCUCCUCACCAGAUAAUAUGGAAAAAAUUCUCAUUUACUCUUUUUAUAUGACAUUGAGGAAUAAAAUACUGAAAAUAAAGAAUAAUAAUCAGCUAUAUCAUCAAAAUAACGGUUAUGUUUCAGCGACAAUGAAUUUCCUGAGUUGGGCAAAGGAGUAGGACGAAAGGAGAAGGGAAGGAGGAACGCCGCGGCCGACCGCCACGCGCGGCACAUGGCCGACGCCGGGGUCGUCGUCAAGUCGAUCGACGACCCAAAUCACGUCCUCGGCAAGGUAAUAUCCCCACUGACGAGUCUAUACCAAAAUUAAAAAAAAGAAUUCAAAUUUUUGGAGUUAAGAAAAGUUGAUAUUUCAAAAUUGAGCAUGAAAUAAUUCGCUGUUUUUUUGCAGAGACGUAAGGCCCGUCUUCUGUCCGAAGGAACCGACGGCAUGGUCGGCCAUGUGCCUUAUUCCAUCAACCGCAAUAACCGUUGGAACGAGGUGAAUGGUUAUCGAAGAAAAAAGGCUGAAUUAUCACUUAAGUGACCUUUUUCCUUGACUUUUUUUAUCAAAAAAAGUUAAAAAAAAUCUCGAUGUUUUUGUAACUUCUUGAGCUUUCAGAGAAGGAAGUGUUUGGAAAAAGAAGGUUUUUUUCAGAACGAGAUGAAUAAAAGGCCGAUAAAAAGGUCCUUUUUCUUGAAAAAUUAGCUUGGAAGAAGCUUCUUGCAUCUUUUAGGUACUUAAAAAAAUCUUUUUUCUUCUUCCAAGGUUUCUAAAAGGUUAUUUUCUUGGAAAGAGGAGACCUUUCGUGAAAAAAGUAAGAAAAAGAAGCUUGUCAAAAGCUCUUUGCACCCUUUAAGGAAUUAGAAGGAUUUUUUUCUCAUUUCAACUCCCUUAAAUGGUCACUUGGGCUUUUUUUUUUCUUAAGCCCAUUUACCACAUGCUUUUGAAGGAUUUGAAAAUACCAACUUUGUUUUCUUCAUUUUAUUUAUUUUUCAUUGAUUUUUCAAAAAGUUUAUGAGAUGAAAGUUUGCAGAUCUGUCCAUCGGUGAUCCUCAACGGCUCGGACGAGUCCGAAGUGCCCGUGGCGGUCGUCGAGUGCGCCAUCACGUCCAAAGGUCCGACCGAUUCAUCAUUUUGGCUCUUUUCAAAAGAGAAACUGCCGUUGAAAAGAAAGAAGUUCAUCUUUUUUCCAGGAACGUCGUCGAACGUCGCGGCAUUGCACGAGGCCAACGACGACGGCGACGUGGACACAAUCACCGCCGGCGGCAAAGGAACUAAUGUCAACAUUUUCGUCUGAACUUGAAAUUUGACUUUGAAAUUUGUUGCACUACAUAAUUUGAAUCCAAAGCGUUAUUUGAGGGAUGAAUACUGAUAUUUUAGAUGAUGAAGGUCUACGAAAAAAAAAUUUAGUGUGCUGUUUCACUCAAAACUUUGAUUCACAAGGAUUAUUUUCAUGAUUUUUUACGGAUAUUCGGAUGUAAAAGUUCACAUAAUAAACUCACCCUUUAAAAAAAAAGAGUCCAAAGCACUAUUUGAAGAACUAUUUCCUAGUCUAGGAAGAAAAAAGCUUUCAAAAUAGAUUUUUCUGAGCCUUUCUACUUAAAUUUUGGACUCCAAUGACUUAUUUGAGGGACGGUUAUUGAAUUUUAGUUGGGAAAGAGGUUCCUUCAAAGUAAAAAAUAAUUUUGUGUCAUGCAGAAAACCUCCAGUUAUGGUUUAUUUUCUUGUCGACUUCAAAAUUUGAACGAAACUUUUAAAAAUCCUAAGUUCCUUCUAGCUCUUUUCUGUGAUAAUAUUUUAUUUCUACUGAGUUUCUGAAAAACAAAAGAACAAUUUUCAGUUGAACACCUUGAGGGCCGGCGUCGGCAAGAGAACUCGUGGCGCCAAGGCGCGAAAGGAGGCCAGAAUCGCUAAAAUGGUGAGUGGAAAAGUUCGAAAAUAAAUUUGAAAUAGAAACACUUGAAAUAGGUACAGUACUGGCCAUAAAGGUAUUUCAAAGUGGUUAUUCGAGCAUAACUUCUCUGAAAGUGGCUCAAAUGACUUGAAACUUUGCAAAAAUUUCAAAUAGCUACGCAGUAACUUUUUCUCAAAAAAAAACACUUGUUUGCUCAAGUCAGACCGGAUUUGAGAGCAAAAAACCAAAAAUCGUGAAAAUCAAGAUUUUUUUCUCUUGAGAUUCGAAAAAAAUCAUAUCUUCAAAAGAAACUUCGUUUUUCGAACCAGAAACUUUUUUUCCCCAGUAAAACAAGUCUUCGGCUUUCCAAAAAAACCUAAUCAGCCCCUCACCAACCCGAUAGUAAGAGCGUAGUGACUUUUUCUUCGGAAGGCCUUUGCGUUUUGACGCCUCGUCAUUCAGAUGGACUAUACGAGGUCAUUUUUGUUUGAGGACACCCUGUAUCAUGUUGAAAAACUUUGAAACACCCUCAAAAAAAGUUUAACACUGAUUUCUUAAGCUUUCUCACUUUAUCUGCUCUCCAGAACUCACUAACUUCACUAGGACCGAUUUUGAAACCUCUGAUUUGAACAGUUUUUCUGGACUUUCGGGCGUUCAAAAUAGUUUUUAUCUGGUCAAUCGCUUUUAAAUCGUGAAUUUGAAAAUAAUUAAUGGCUAAAUUUCAGGCUCCUACAUCCUGAAGACUGCUAAAUUUUUUGCUGAAGCAUUAGUUUCACAAGAUCAAAAAAACUUAUUUUUCCCAUAAAGUUUAAAGAAACUUUUUUUACAGUGCCUAUCUUUGAUCUGAGAGCUAGAAAAAAAGGAGUUACAAACUUAUCUCAUGAUCUAAAACAAUUAAAAAAAUAUGAAAAAAAGGGGUUUUUUUAUCAUCUUCCACAAGAUUUGGAGCCCUCUAAGCAACACUUGCUGAAACGAAGUUUUGAGAACUUUAAGAAACUCAUUAUAACUCACUAUAUCUUUUUGAGUAAGUAAGCAAAAACACAGUGGGUCUUCUUUUUAUUUUUUUAUUCAUCGAGGUUCUAAAGAAGCUCUGAAAUCUGAAAUGAGAAAUCGAGAAUGUUCUGAUUUUUGAAAAAAAGGAGCAUAACCGCUUCAAAUCAGAGGUUUCAAAAAAACGGUCCUAGUGAAGUUAGUGAGUUCUGGAGAGCAGAUAAAGUGAGAAAGCUUAAGAAAUCAGUGUUAAACUUUUUUUGAGGGUGUUUCGAAGUUUUUCAACAUGAUACAGGGUGUCCUCAAACAAAAAAAUGACCUCGUAUAGUCCAUCUGAAUGACGAGGCGUCAAAAACGCAAAAGGCCUUCCGAAGAAAAAGUCACUACGCUCUUACUAUCGGGUUGGUGAGGGGCUGAUUAGGUUUUUUUGGAAAGCCGAAGACUUGUUUUACUGGGGGAAAAAAAGUUUCUGGUUCGAAAACGAAGUUUCUUUGAAGAUAUGAUUUUUUUCGAAUCUCAAGAGAAAAAAAUCUUGAUUUUUCACGAUUUUUUUGGUUUUUGCUCUCAAAUUCGGUCUGACUUGAGCAAACAAGUGUUUUUUGGGAAAAAAAGUUACUGCGUAGCUAUUUGAAAUUUUUGCAAAGUUUCAAGUCAUUUGAGCCACUUUCAGAGAAGUUAUGCUCGAAUAACCACUUUGAAAUACCUUUAUGGCCAGUACUGUAUAAGGAGUCUGAAGCAAGUGGAUUCAACUCAUCACGGCUUCAGGGAUAAACUUUUUCCAAAAGUAUUUUUUUAAAUUUUUGCUGAGGUUUUUCGAAACGUAUAGACCUGAAAACGUCCGAAUUUCUACGAUGCCCUGUUUUCAGUCUCAUUAUAGAACGAAAACAGAAUAGGUUCUUUUGAAAAUCAUAUCAAGAAUUUGAGAACCGUCUAUCACCAAAAAAAAAACGAUUUCGAAACUUUCUCAAAGCUUUUUAAAAAUCCGGGAACGAUGUGAAAUUAAAGAAAAAAACCGUUAUUUGAAGUCAUUUGCUCCUUUUAUCAAGAUUUAUUUUGAGAUGCAAGAACUCGGAGACCCGGAAGUCGAGGCCGAAAAAGAGGAGGCCGAAGAACAAGGACCUCGUGUACAGUACACCAUCUACAAGCCACAUCAGAAUCACCGCGUCUUGGCCGGAAAACUUUUCAGCCGAAGUCUGAAACUUUUUCUUUCUUGAGAAGAUGAAGACCAUAUUCUGUAGAGUACAACAUCCGGAACGCGGGUCGGGCUCGCGUCCAGAAGAAGUUCGACUUGGAAGACGUCGAGGGCUGCGAUUUGGAGACGUCCGUCCACGUCGAGGACGACGUCUACAAGCCGAGUCGCGACAUGAAGUCAGUGGACAGAUAAUGAAUGGGGGAGGAAGAAAAUUGAAAUGAAUCUUCGACGCCAGAAGCUCCUAAAGCUAGAGAGCACUCGUAAACAAGAGAGCGGUUAGAGAAAGAAGUAAAGAAAAAGCCUGCCCUCUCAUUUUUUAACGCUCUCUAACCGUAAAAUUUACGUAGGCUUGUUCAUUUUUAACGUAAAUUCCAUGUUAUGUGGUGACGCUUCGGAUUAAAAAUUCACUAUUUUUGGGUUAUCAUCAUUUUUUUCUGCUUCUUCAAUUGUGAUCAGAAAUUUUUUUGUGGCAUCAGAAAAAGUUGAUGGAAUAAUGAACCUGUAAAGUAUAAAAAAACUUUUUGGAAAAUAUAAAAUUGAAAUUUUUUUGGUUAAUUAUGAGUGGAAUAAAUAGGUCAGAGUCAUAAUUUCUAUGACAAAGAAUUAAAAAAAGUUGAGACCUAAUAAAAAAAGGAAAAUUCUUGAAACUGGGAUGAUCAAAAGAUAAGCUCGGAAAAAAAGCGAAAAUUUGAAAUUUUUUGAAGUCAAAAAAAGAGCGAUCGAAAUUUUAAUUUUGGUUUUUUUCAAGCUGUUAAAAUCACAAAAAAGUGAAUGAAAAGCUAUAAAAUGUAUAUUCUUAAAGAUUAUCUGUACAGUUUUUCAUUCAUUUCCCAUUCAGGUUUGUACUCACAGAACCCCAUUUUUCCUCAGAUUCUGCCUCGGCGACUACAUAACCGGAAAGAGCAAGUCGACGGUCUUCGUCCGACGUCAGAGCAUCGAAAGUCAACCUUCCGACCAAACUGUAAAUUACCCAGGAAAUAAAAAUAAAUAAGGACUCUCAGGACCAACUGGAAGACACUCCGAAGCCCUUCGACCUCUUGGACAUCUCCGAGUACGUCAGAGCCCCCCAAACUUUCAACUGGUACGAGAUCAACACCGCCAAAUGGACCGACUUCAACUUCGCUCUGGAGGUUCGAAAGACUCGGGAGCCUGGGAAAUCUCUGAUCUUUUCAGUUCAAAGAUCUGGAAGAAGACGAGAACCUCGACGUCAUCUGGGUGGAUCUCGAGGGACGGCAGGUUAUCGUGGAUGCGUCGGCCGCCUUGUCGGAGGAGGAAAAGAAAUUCGGCGAGCUCUCGCUGAUGCUCGUCUUCGAACGGUCCCUCGUCAAGCCCAGCAUCACCAAGUCCGUUCUCAUGCUUCAUGCACUUGAAAAUUGAACGUCUUUUUUUUUUAGUUUGUUGGGGCUUUUUUGAAACUCCUAAUGAUUUUUGAGGGUACCAGAUGGUUCUUUAUGGAAAAAAAAAUCGUUAAAAAAAAACAUCCAUAGCCAAAAUAUUAAACUGUGCCGCGUCCGAAGUAGUUUCGGCGACUCCGAAAUGGACGCAUUAUUCGUUUAAAAUAUUCCCGCGAAAUUGGGAUUUCAAGAGCUGUUAGGAAAAUUGGGUCUCACAAUGAAAUGCCGACUUUAAAAGCUCGAAAUCAAAAAUUUUUUUGUUAAAAAUUUUUUUCAAAAAGGAUUUUUGUUGGAUACCUACGGCGCUUUGAGGUUUUUUUAUACCAUUUUUUUGGACCAUUUAAAAAUGGGCCUUGUAAUGAUAAAGAAGGAAAAAACUAUUUAUUUGGUGAAAGACUACGACCCUUCAUGUACCAAGCUAUUUUCUGUUUGAUGUAACAAGAUUUUCCAUUUUUAUUAAUUUUUAUCAUUCGAUCAGUUUAUUUCCGCAACAUCGGGAUGGUAUGGUGAUGUUGCAGGGAGGGAAAAAGACCACUAGGUGGAUUAACUAACCCCACCUCUAAAGAAAAAAAAUUUGUGUGUGAGAGAAGAAACAUAGAAGCAUAAUAAGUAGAUAUUUAAACCAAGUUGAUUAUGGCACAAAUCCGUGAACUCUUAUUGUUUGCCUUUUAUCAAAAAAUUCGCAGGCUUCUCGUCAAUUCCUCGAUCGAAAUCGACGAUCGCCAUAAGGCUGGCGAACGAUUCGCGGCGUCGCUGACCGCAGCCAAAUCGUUCAAAGAAGUUGUCGCCGUCGCGACGACAGCGUUCGCCGAGUGGCGUCUCAGGUUCCGCCGCGACUCUCAGAAUAUCCUUGAAAAAGUUCGCUUUGCAGCGAUCAUCGCUCCCAGAGGUCCCUCAGAAACGCUGAUAAGAAGGUCUUGACGAACUACACGGCCUAUCUGCUCGCCGAAAACUCGCAGUUCAUGGCCAAAACGGUACUUAUAACAAAGAAGUUGAAAGAAAGUUAUCUUACUUCUACAUAACUUUCCUUGCAACGGAGAAAUUUGAUUUCAGGCGAAAACUCUGACGACGAAAAGGCAAAUGUCGCUGAUCAAAAACAACGAAUGCGUCUUGGCGGACGAGUCUUUCGAGAGAAUCGAAACGGAUUCUUGCGAGUAUCCGAGUGACGACGAGGAAGACGCAGACGCCGUCGUCCCUCAGAUGGUCAACAUGGUGAGGGAGUUUAGGGAGGCAUUGGAAAAGUUGGGGAUCACUCCAGAACGAUUAUAGAAUGAGAUAUAGCCACCGCGUUUGAUUCAAAAUUCAGCCUCCCAGCAUAAGGUCUUUGAUUGCACACUCGUAAAAAGUAGAAAUUUUUUGGUUUUUUCCUGACCUACGUAGAGAAACUUGUAGGAGAAAUAAGAGAGGUACAAAAGAGGGUAGCUUGAACUUUUGAUAAAGGUUUGAGAAAAGGUACUUUAAGGUAUCCAAAUCUCAACAAAUCAAUUGAAAAAAACCUGUCAAUCUGCCUUAUAGUCGAUGAGGCCGUCUCAAAGUUUACACGCUGAAAAUUAAUUAAAAAAAGUUUAUUUUUUGGCAGUACUUUUCCGGAAAGUUUUUCAUGAGCAGUUUUUGGCCAAAAUGAUAAAGACCAAAAAAAACGUGCCCUUGGAGUUUUAAAUUUCAUUAUUUCAUAGGUUUACAAAAUAACUCCAUUGAAACAUUUUUUAAACCUUGUUUUUUUGCGGCCAAAAUACAUCGAAACUUUGCAGGAAAAACUUGAAAUUCGUUUUUUAAACUAUCAUGCUCGAUUUCACGAUUGAAAAUUUCUUCGAUUCAAUUGAAAAAAUCGCAGAAGUGCGACCGUUGUUCGAAGGCGUCGAUCGACGAUUUGUUCGAACUGGACGACUGCUGGCGUUGCCGCAGUUGCCUCAACACCGAAAUCGUCCACAAAAUCCGCGCCGGCGUUUUUCCUCUCGAUAUUCCGGUCCUUUGAACAUCAAUUCCCAAUAAUAUACCCGUUUUUCAGUUCAUGGUAAACUCGUCGGAAUUCGACUCUUUGCCGGCCAUCAUUCCGCUUCCUUUGCUCAAGUUUUACAUCAAGGUAGGGUUGGAGAAGAUGACUAUCAAAAUUGUAAAGGUAUUUUUCAGUCAACGGCUUGCGAACUGAUUGCCAAUAGCGACGACGAAAUCGGCGACAUCCAUGACUGUCCGUCGUGCAGACACAUGUGUCUUGUCCCCAGACCAAAUGGUAAACAUUCGAAGAAAAGAUCCGAGCUUCAGGAACUUUUCGUACUUUUCAAUAUUUUUAAACAUGGAACUACUGGGUAAAUUCUUAGUGGCCAUAUAGAGGCUCGCCAAGGACUACUUGGAGAGGACACUAAAGUGGUCACUAAACCCACCUCUAUAGAGGCAACUAUUUUCCGUUUUAGUGGCCACUUCAGUAGUUUUUCAUCCAGUAUCCCUUCCAGUAACUCUAAUAAUUUUAAAACCGGUUGGACCACUUAUGUUGAUCAAUUGACCCCUAAAGUGGCCACUGAAAUUUUUAGUGGUCUGGUAGUAGCACUUAGACCUCUAAAAUGGCCAGUAAUUUUUAACCCCUUAAAUGGCCGCUAAUUUGACUACUAUAGUGGCCACUAAAACGUCAAAACCCUAUAGGGGCCACUAAAAAAAAUUUCAGUUGUUACAACGAAGGUUUUUUGACUUUUCUCCUGAGAUUCUAACUGAAAAACCGGUCAGAACACUUGGGAAAUUCAGAGUGAUCCCUAUAGGGGCAAAGGGGCUUGAAGAAUCUACUUUAGAGACCACUUCACCAAUCCUAUAGGGGCCCCUAAAGCUUUCAAAGGUGGUCCCUAUAGGGUUUUAGUCUCCAGGAAUCUUCAGAAAAAUUCUGAUUUUGAAGAGUUUUUUCAACUCCUUUCUCAUUUUUUGAGGUCUUCGAACUUCAAAAGGCAUAUGUGCAGUAAAAAUAAGGUUUCAGAAGAAUUUUCCCUUCUGUAGAGCACUUUAUUUCGUGUCGAACGGUGUACUUGAAAACGUACAGAAGUUCUUAUUUUCGAAGAAAAAAAAAUAAUUCAAACCUAGAACGAUCAAAGUCGAUUCAAAGUGUUCAACUUGCAGAGUUCAACACGUGCUCGUGCUCUUCGUGCGGCAUCCACUGGUGUACGAGUUGCUUGGGCGCGCCUCAUUGGCCGAUGCCUUGUGACCAGUUCCCGGCCUGGUCCAAGAUCCUUUUCGGUGAUUCCCGUUUCCUCAAUGAUUAUCAAUGUUUCACUGGAAAUUUUUAAGUGAAGCUUAAAGGGAAAAAGCUCCUUUUUAAGAAAAAAUCGAAUAGGAUCUUGAAAAUCAAAUAUGAAAGAUGCCAGAAAACGAUAAAAAAAUUGAAAGACAUGUUUUUAUUAUAUCCAAAAAAUGCUAGCGUCGUUUUUGGUUAUAGGUUUUUGCUCAAAAUAAAGUUUUCUGAAGUGAAUUGAUACGAUUUGAUUUGAUUGAAUAUAAUCAAAGACUACGAUUCCAGAUGACGUUUGCGGCUACCGUUCGAUGAAGAGGGAAUUCUCCGACGUUAGUUCAAAAUUGAACGAAGCCAAAAAUCUUUUCAUUCCCAGGCCUGCGCCGAGGCCUACAACACUCGUUGCACCUUGCUCAAAAGCCUCGCUUUCGACAAAAAUGUCCGCAGAAACCUGAAGACUCUGAAAGUGUCCAGCGUUGAGAAGGUCCGCGAGCUCCGCAAAACGGUUCGUGUCGGGCUCUAUGAUUUUUUUAAAGAUCAUAUCUGAUUUAUUCAUUUAUUUUACUCGAACAGAAAAAUAAAAAUUACAGAAAAGGAGGCUUUUUUCGGAAGUAUUCAUAGUUGACUAGGAAACAUUACUGUUUCGGUAGAGAUUUAAUAAAAUAGAGAAAAAAAAGGUGUUUCGAUUCUUUUCUUAAGUUUCACACGGCUGUAAUGGAAUAGGUUCAAGAACUUUAUUUUGAGUUGAAAUAUGACCGUUUUCGAAGUAAUUCCGCAUAAUUCAAAACUGUCGUUAGAGAUAGAGAAAGAUAACUAAGUUUUGGAGAGUCAGAGAUAGUUGUGGAUUAAAAGAAAUCACUUUGAACAAGCCUUGAAAUUGAAGGUAUAGUCGUUUCUGCUGUUUUAUUGAAUUAUUUCAGAGAAGAAGUAAGUCUGUACAGGCUGAUUGGAAAUAGUGUGGAAAUGGUGUAGAAUCAGACAAAGUCAGAAAAGAUAAAAAAUUUUUUUGCUCACAGCUUCCUUGUGUGGAGCUCAGUCUUUUUGAAUUUUUACGGAGCUGCCUUUUUUUGCGAGCUGAAUUUCCACCAGAAUUUUACAAAUGACAGUCAUAACAACUCCAGAAAGUUUCAGAGAGAUUAGACUCAAUACAAAAAAAUUAUGAUAAAAAGGCGUUUUUUUUAUAUAUUUUCUGAAGGAACUGUACGUAUAUUUGCGUCGCAUAUCAGCCAUAAAUGGGCUGACAGGACGAUUUUUUUUCUCCAAAAGAUUUUUACUUUUUCGAAAUAAUUUACGAUGAAUGAAUGCCAGGUGACGCUCAUCGUGCAGAACGGCCUCGGAUUCGUAUAUAUGUCGAAGAAAUGUGACGAGCUCGGCGACAUCAAACAGUCGCUGAUGCAGCUUUCGGACAUGUGGCGGGAAGCGGAAAGCUCGCUCAAGAGAGUCGAGUCAGUUUUGUUCAAGAUUCUGAUUUGGCUGAUCUAUUUAGCUGAAAGAAGCACAAUAUCUUAUGAUAUCUAAUAAUGGAAGCAGGAAAUCAGAAAUGAAGGAAGGAAUACAAAUUUGAUAGGAGCGAUAAAUUCAGAGUGUGUCCAGAAUUUAAGAAAAUGAAUAUAGUGCGUUCCGGUCACGAGACGAUCACGUUCUAAAAGAACAGAAUAAAAAUAAAAAAAAUCUUCCACAAAUAAAAACUUUUCUUUACAAACCUGCUAAAAAACACCAAAAAAUAAGGGUCCUGAAGCGAAAAUUCUCAAUUUGGAUCUAAUUUAUUAUACGAUAUUUUUUUGCGGAAAGAAACACGUGUCCAAUUGGCGCGAAACAGGUCUGAUUUGAACGAACUGCGUUUUAAAGGAAUAGAAAAUCUUUUGAAAAACAAAUCUUUCAAGAAUUGUGGCCGAAAUGAAAUUUCGAAGUUUCGUUUCAAGUAGGAGAAAUUUGAAGAAAAAUUUUCGAAUCGUUUCCUAGUUGGAGAUAUAAGUUAAAUUGAGAAAGCUGAAUAUCGUAUCGGUUCCAAUAAUUGAAACAUGAAAUCAGAGAUUCUUGGACUUUCGAACUGAUUAAUAAAAAAAAGUUUGAGCUCGAAGGAUAUUGAAAGUGAAUGCAGAAGGUUAUGCUUGAACCUUUUCCGGUCAGGAAAAAUCAAAGAUAUAUUAAAUCCAUAUUAAAAUCAGAAAUUUUCGGAAAGUUUUUUUAUACACUGAAACUGAAGAAAUUUCAAAGCGUUGACUGAAAAUAUUAUUGCAGUGAAACUUUCGGAGCUCAAAUCGAAAAGAUCGAAAAAGCUCUGGCCGCCGCUUUCGUCACCAUCAAGAAGCACAUCUAG